AUGGCGUCCAAAGUUAUGGCUGUAGAACGAGUCCUUCAUAUGAAUGGGGGUGUUGGAGAAACAAGCUAUGCCAACAACUCUCUAAUUCAGAGAAAGGUGUUGAUGAGAGUGAGACCCAUACUCGAAGAAAGCAUCAAGAAGAUGUACUGCACUAAUGCUUCAACUUGUUUGAAAGUCGCAGACUUGGGAUGUUCUUCUGGUCCUAAUGCAUUUUUGGUGGCUUCUAACGUUAUUGAUAUCGUCAAUGAAACAAGUCGCCGAUUGAAGAUUGAAACACCCACAUUUCAGUUUUUCCUGAACGAUCUAUUUGGGAAUGAUUUUAACUCAAUCUUCCAGUCACUCCCAGAGUUCUAUUACACUCUGAAACAAGACACAACAUGUUUGAUAAAUGCAAUGCCUGGAACUUUCUAUGGCACCCUCUUCCCCUCCAAUUCCAUCCAUUUCUUCCAUUCCUCUUACUCUCUUCACUGGCUCUCUCAGGUUCCAGAUUUGUUGAGCAAGGAAGCAAAACUAUCAGAUGAUGACAAAGGGAAUAUAUAUGUGACAAGCACUAGUCCUCCAUCAUACGCUAAACAAUUUAAAGAAGAUUUCACACUAUUCUUGAGAUCACGUUCCCGGGAAUUGGUGCCUGGCGGUGGUAUGCUCCUUGCAUUUAUUGGCAGAUAUGAUACUUCUCAAAAUAUAACUGCUGCAGGACUCUUCCGUAUGAUACUUAAUGACAUGGUCUUAGAGAAUUUGAUUGAAGAGACGAAGUUAGAACAUUUCAAUGUGCCAGUUUAUGUUGCUACUGCUGAUGAAGUUAAGGAAAUCAUAAAGGAAGAAGGGUCUUUCAGCGUUGAAAGAUUAGAGAGUAUUGAAACAAGUUGGGACGGAUCAAGCCUAGAUGACAAAGGUUAUGAGAGUUUUAAGGAUGACAAUGAGAGAGGGAAGUUCGUAGCAAGAUACUUAAGAGCUGUGUUUGAGCCUCUUUUGAAAGCACAUUUUGGAGAAGGAAUUGUUGAAGAAGUCUUCCUGAGGUUUCAGAAUAAGGUUGUCCAAUUGCUGCCCAAAUUGGUGUAUCCUACUUUGGUCAUAUCUCUUACUAAAAUUGCUUGA